AGAGCGUGUGUUUGUGGUUUAUUUUUUUUUCUUCAGUUUUAGUUUUGUUUCGUUUUGCAAGAACGAAAGAGGAAGGGCCUCCUAACCACCCCACAGGAUGUUUCCCGUAAGACUGGAGGUUCCAGGGCUUAUGACCGACUUUGGCCGGCAGGCUCUCCUGGUGCACGGCUCUGAAAUGAAGUCCCCCUGGAACAUCUGUUUGGCGACUCCUCUGUUCUUACUCCUGCCCCUUCACACAUGGGCCUCUCCAGCCUCUGAGGACCGGGCCAGCGCCAGAUACUCCAAUGGCCACACCUGUGUAGCCUGUGUGGUGGUGGUAUCCGUGAUUGAACAACUUGUUCAAGUUCACAACUCCACGGUGGAGGCCUCGAUGGAGAGACUCUGCAGCUACCUGCCAGAAAAGUUAUUCUUGAAGACCACCUGCUACUUAGUGAUAGAAAUAUUUGGACCAGACCUCAUAAAACUGCUUAACACAGAUAUGAAUGCUGAUGUGGUGUGUCAUUCCCUGGAGUUUUGUAAGCAGGACCCUGGCCAACCAUUGUGUCAUCUCUACCCGCUUCCCAAGGAGGCAUGGAAACCUACCCUAGAGAAGGCGAGACAGAUCGUGAAGAAAUCCCCAAGUCUGAAACACUCCAGAAGUAGUUCUGAUAUUUGUUCCCUCCCAUUUUUGGCCAGGAUCUGUCAGAGGAUUAAAUCAGCUAUAAAAAAUUCUGUGCCAUUCAAAGAUGUAGAUUCAGACAAAUACAGUGUUUUCCCAACACUGAGGGGCUACCACUGGCGAGGAAGAGACUGCAAUGACAGCAACAAGAUGGCAUAUCCGGGCAGAAGGCCAGUCAACUGGGAUAUACAUGAGGAUUCAAACUGUAAUGGCAUUUGGGGUGUCGAUCCAAAAGAUGGAAUUCCAUAUGAGAAGAAGUUCUGUGAAGGUUCACAGCCCAGGGGAAUCAUUUUGCUGGGAGACUCAGCUGGGGCUCAUUUUCACAUCUCUCCCGAAUGGCUCACAGCUUCACAGAUGUCUUUGAAAUCCUUCAUCAGUUUACCAACAGCUCUUACCAAUGAGCUCAACUGGCCCCAACUCUCUGGCGUUACUGGGUUUCUGGACUCGAGUAGCGGAAUUAAGGAAAACUCUAUUUACCUUCGAUUACGGAAAAGAAACCACUGCAAUCACAGAGACUACCAGAAUAUUUCAAGAAAUGGUGCAUCUUCCCAAAACCUGAAGAAGUUUAUAGAAAGUUUGUCUAGGAACCAACUGUUGGACCAUCCAGCCAUCGUCAUAUACGCCAUGAUUGGAAAUGAUGUCUGCAGCAGGAAAGUUGACCCAGUCCCAGAAAUGACCACUCCGGAGAAAUUAUACUCCAGUAUCAUGCAGACUCUGAAGUAUCUAAAUUCCCACCUGCCCAAUGGCAGCCAUGUUAUUUUAUACGGCUUACCAGAUGGAAGGUUUCUCUGGGAUAAUUUGCACGACAGAUAUUAUCCUCUCGGCCAGCUAAAUAAGGAUGUGACCUAUGCGCAUUUCUACUCCUUCCUGAACUGUCUCCAGGUCAGCCCCUGCCACGGCUGGAUGUCCUCCAACAAGACGCUCCGGACUCUCACUUCAGAGAGAGCAAAACAACUCUCCCAUACACUGAAAAAAAUUGCAGCUAGCAAGAAAUUUACGAACUUCGAUCUUUUCUACGUGGAUUUUGACUUCCAGGAAGUCACAGAGGAGUGGCAGAAAAGAGGCGGGCAGCCUUGGCAGCUCAUUGAACCAGUCGAUGGAUUCCACCCCAAUGAGGUGGCUUUGCUGCUGUUGGCAGAUCGCUUCUGGAAGAAGGUGCAACUCCAGUGGCCCCAGGUUCUGGGGAAGGAGAAUCCAUUCAACCCUCAGAUUGAACAAGUGUUUGGAGAUCAAGGAGGCCACUGAGUGCCUCCAGGAUAUGCACUCCUGGAAAGCUCAGGGAGGCAAGAACAAAGUGCUUUUCUCUCCUCUUGGAGUCUGUCUGAAUGACAACGUGAUUCUGUGUGUUUCGGGGAGCAGUUCCCUCCAUUUGUCCCUCAGAUCACCUUCCAUUAAAGUGUUUUGGAUGCCAUUCCAAGCAAGAGA